AUACUCACGUUGGCUAAUGGCUAGUCAGUGGGCUGAUGUUUAAUUUUUUACCUAAUAAGACAUUAUUUUAAUAACUGGCAUACUUCAGACCAAAUAGUAUUUAUGUUUGCGAGCCCUUACUGUUAUAAAGUGUGCCGUUUUCGAACAAGAAGAGAAAUAACACGUCAAGUCUGGCCUUAUGUUUUUGGAGUUCUAACUUCACAAUUCAAUACAUCUAGCCACAUUCCAUUCCUUGUAAAGGGAUACACCAUAAAGAGAUAUCAGUAGGGGUAGGUGACAUCCUCCCUUGCCUUGUAACAUAUGAGCUGGACUGGGGAGAGGCUGUGGCGGCCUCCCCAGUAGCCGGCACCACGGCGGGGGACCUGCGGACUUCGGUCUGCAGGGUGGUCAUCUACCUCCGAAAAGAUAUGUCCGGUGCAAGCGCUCUACACGCGCCGCAGACUCUGGAUGACCCUCCUCUAGCCUGCCCCAAGACCAAGACCUGCACCAGCCGCACUGCGGUGGGCCCUGGGAAGUAUGUCAGACUAAAUGUGGGAGGAACCCUGUUUUACACUACACUGGAGGUGCUGACCAGACAGGACUCCAUGCUGAAAGCCAUGUUCAGUGGAAAGCAGGAAGUCUUUACCGAUAGAGAAGGCUGGAUCCUGAUUGACCGCAGUGGGAAGCACUUUGGCAGCAUCCUGGGCUACCUGCGGGAGGGAGCGGCUACUCUGCCCAAAGGCCACCAAGCUGUCCUGGAGUUGUUAGCGGAGGCCAAGUUCUACCUCCUACAGGGCCUGGAGGAGCUGUGCCAAAGCAGUCUGCAGGAAAACGAAGAGCAGGCACAGUGUGUCAUACCUGUAAUCACUUCUAUGAAGGAGGAAGAGAGGCUCAUAGAGGCAUGUACCAAGCCUGUGGUUAAGUUGGUGUACAACAGAAGCAAUAACAAGUACUCGUAUACCAGCACCUCGGACGACAACAUGCUGAAGAACAUCGAGCUGUUCGACAGACUGUCCAUGCGCUACAACGGUCGCAUCCUCUUCAUCAAGGACGUUAUCGGAGACGAGAUCUGCUGCUGGUCCUUUUACGGCCAGAGCCGCAAGCUGGCCGAGGUGUGCUGCACCUCCAUCCUCUACGCCACGGAGAAGAAGCAGACCAAGGUGGAGUUCCCGGACGCGCGGAUCUACGAGGAGACCCUGAACACCCUCCUGUACGAGAGCGCCCCCGCUCCCGACCACACCCUCCUGGAGGCCACCCGCCGGUGCCACGCCCCCUGUGGCUCCCAGAGCGAGGAAGACGACGUGCCGGGGGUGGAGCUUCGCGAGCGAGUCCGGCGGACCCACGUCAAGCGGUACAGCACCUAUGACGACCGGCCGCUAGGACACUGAAGCCGUCACUGUGGCGCGCGCACACACACACACACACACACACACACAGACACAGACACACACACAGACACACACACACUUGCCUUUCUUCCAGUUGCAAAAAUCAGGUCCUGCACCACUGUGUGCAAUAGUACAAAAUAAUAACAAUUUAACAAAGCUAAAAUCAAACCUUUUUACAAAAUAUAUUGAGGCCGCAUGGCAUUGUCGACAUAAUUAUAACCCCAAUGUAUUUAUUUAAUUUGGAGGUUUCAAAAUUGCUGCUUCCAAUUGCUUAAACCUUGUGAGUCUAGGGUUAUGAUCUGAUGCUAAUAUGCACUUUGGUGUCAAAAAAUGCGGAGGAGGAUUGCAAUCAUGUUCUAGUGCAACCGAUUCUAGUGCGUGGCAAGAUUUGUGAAUGAAUAAAGAGUUUCAUAUGAAUGAA